GUCCGCCGCCGUCUCCGUCUGCCCCUCCCCCUCCCCCCGCCGUCCAGGUCCAACGCGUGCGCAGUACCACCCGCUGGCCGCUCCGCGCCAGCCCAACCUCGCCGCUCUCCUGCACCCCGGGCCCCGGCGGGCGGGCGCCGACUCUGCCUUGGCUGCUCCCCGGCCGCCGUCGUGCUGCUGCCGCUGGGCAUUUCUUCAUUGCCUAAUUAUUUUGUACCGAUAGGACGGGUGAGCACGCCAGGGCAGCUUUCGUUCAGGUCAAAUCUUGUUAACCUGGGCGGUUAGCGCAUGAAGAUCAACAUAUACGUAGAUAGCGUUUUGGAGACCGAUGCGUGAGAUAAAAUUUGAACAAGCUAAAUCUUUACUCGAUGUGCUUGUCAGCUACCACCAGCCUACCACUGCGUUCAUUAGCUCAGAUGCAGAUUGGAUGUUACUCCAGUUGUGUCACAUUUCUAGACCCAUCCUCAUACUGCUCUGCCAUUUUUUUUUCUGGUUUCAGAUAUUGGCACAAUGGCUUGCAUUUUGUUAUGCACUUCACAUGGCCAGAGCAAACCAGAGCAGCGAGGAAUACUGAGUGAACCUCUGUACAUCCAUAUUGCUUGAUUUUGUUGCCAAUUAUCUCCGUGAUUUCACCUUAAAAAGUUCAUAGCAUCAUGUGAUGUGUUUAUUUGCUUGCUUGCUGCAGGCCUGAAGGAGGUUACUGAUUUGGUCAAGUAUGCAGAAUCGUGGCAGGGAUAUAGGACUGUAGAUUAAGCAUGAGUAUUUCCUAGUUAGUUUGUGUCAUUUCUUUGAUUUUGGAGCGCUGAAGAAAAGCAUAAAAUGCUGAGUGAUGAGCAUGUAGCAGUUACAAGAUUAAGGAUAUUGUCAGAAAUGUUUUUACAUUGCUGCAUCUGUUGCUGUUUUUUCAUGUACUCACUUUCUGGCACUUGCAUUUUUUUAUGUUUCAAAUCCAUAGAGUGUAACCAGGCUUUAUCAGGCUGUGUUUUACAUUUGCACCAUCAUUUUUAGUGAUCCUUCAGCAUCUAGCUUCAGCCUUCAUGAGUUCAUGUGCUGUGUGCUUUGUGCCUUUUUUUUCUGCUGUGCUUUCUGUUUUGAAAUUCUACAAGAUUCUACUACAAGUAAUUGUGGGCACUUGGCACUAUCUUACUUGCAGAGUUUACAUGAUAGGCAUGCAAACUGGAUGAAAGCAUCUCCUUGGCUAAUUGGUGCAAAUCCUCGAGAUUUGAUUAUGUCUGUCGAUGGUGAUGAUGGUUUUCAUCCUACUGGGAAUGAUCUGUUAAGGACUCGGGAGGGUCGUAUGUGUCAAUGUAUGCUGCCCUGUCAUUUUGCCAAACAUCAGAAGCAGAGUAAAACACGUCAUGCUUUGUGCAUGCUUUCCUCAAGGGCAUGGAAGAGGCGAAGAAGUUCUUGCCCACAAACUGUGAGCUGACAACCACCGGUGAGCAGGACCAACCGAAAGAGAAAAGUGGCAGCGGCCGCAAGGACUGGAGCGACGAGGUGGAGGCUGAUGUCAGUAGGACGAACAGAUUAGUCGAAGCUCAUGCCUGCGAGGUGUUAGACUUCGAUCAGAUGUGCAGUUCCAUGGACAAUGAGUCUGGGAACAGUAACAAGAAGGGGAGAAAGAGCAAGGCGCGGGUGAUUGACCUGUACACGCUGCUGAUCCACUGUGCCAAGGCGGUGACGGAUGACCGCCGGAGGGCAGGUGAGUUGCUCAUGGAGAUCCAGCAGCGCGCCUCACCCACUGGUGACGCCACACAGCGGCUUGCCUACUGGUUCACCGAGGGGCUGGAGGCACGGCUCACCGGCACAGGCAGCCAGGUGUAUGGGACACUUACGGCGAAGGCUACCUCUGCCAUGGCACACCCAGAGGCUUACCACGUAUUCAUUUCAACGUGCUGCUUCAGGAAUGUGUCCUUCUUGUUCGCCAACAGGGCCAUCUUCAAAGCGGCAGUGGGGAGGAGCACGUUGCACAUCAUUGAUUAUGGCUUUUCUUAUGGAUUCCAGUGGUCAGAACUUCUGCGCUGGCUGGCAGCAAGGGAUGGUGGCUCGCCAGAAGUCAGGAUCACCCACAUUGACCUCCCGCAGGCCGCAGCCCGGACUCCACCCAGGAAAACAUAUGGAGGAGAUCGGUAAUCGGCUGACUGACAUUGCCCGAGAGCUUGGUGUGCCAUUCAAGUACCGUGACAUAUUGGCAGAGUGGCAGACCGUUUGAAUUAAGGACCUGGACCUGGAACCGGAUGAGGUGCUUGCUGUGAAUGACCUGUACAAUUUCAGGACCUUAAUGGAUGAGUGUGUCGUCAUAGGCAGCCCGAACCCCCGCGAUGUUGUCCUCACCAACAUCAGCAAGAUGAAACCGGACGUGUUUGUCCAAAGCACCGUGAAUGGUUCAAAUGGCACCUUCUUCUUGUCACGGUUCCGAGGGGCCCUCUUCUUUUACUCUGCACUGUUUGACAUGCUUGAUGCAACCAUGCCACGGGAGAGCAAACUGCGGCUGGCGCUGGAGCGCGACGUCUUUGGGUGGGUUGUCCUGAAUGCCAUCGCAUAUGAGGGAAAGGACCGGGUGGAGCGUGGUGAGACCUAUAAGCAUUGGCAAGUCAGAAACCAACGGGCAGGCCUGAGGCAGCUGCCACUGGACAAACAAACUGUUAAGAUGGCUAGGGACAUGGUAAAGAAUGAAUACCACAAGGACUUUGUCAUCGACGAGGAUCACCAAUGGCUACUGCAGGGGUGGAAGGGUCGCAUCCUCUUGGCUCACUCAACAUGGGAGGCAGACGGUGGUAGCUCCCACUGUUAACUGUACUAUUUUUUCUCUCCUUCCUGCAGUUGAACAUAAGCAGAUAUGUAUUAAUACUAUACUGUUUGUGGUGUGGUUUAUACGCUCAACCUGAAAGAUGCAUUUGACUCGUCCAAUAAAUAUCGGGCAGCUUGAAGCAUUUCAGAUGAUGUCGCAUUUUCUUAGCUCUUUUCUUGUACUCAACUGUAUAAGAUAAAUAUAUAUACGGUUGUGUGUUGUCUGGGUGAUGGCUAUUAUUCAUGAUCUGGUAAAUUUGAUCUAGUCGCAUACUCAUUUUGUUGUUUGAUGCAGCUGGCUACUGCAGUGGCUGUUCAGUGUCCAGAGUUUGAUGUUGAGCUUUGGAUGUUCACAGGAACCAUCUGAACUCUCUGUCAUGGCCUGAUGGAUUUG